UGACAGCUUUAGACCUUGAAAACUGUAUAUAUUGUAUACUGUUGUGUUUGACUUUUACUUAAGUUACUGUACUGAAAUGCAACAUUUGGCACACUUUUUAGGUUCCGGACAGAAUUUACUAGGAUAGCAGUAGUUUAAGAUUGCAUCAUAUGAUUUUUGUUGUACAUUUGAAAGUUGCAGGAUAACAGUUUGCAUAAUACAGUUGUUUUCAGUGUUGUUCUUCCUUUCCAUCUGUGAGUGAAAGAGGAAGUCCCAUCGCUUCAAAACAAGUUUGCAUUUGCCAGAUACCCUUUUAUAGCAAUAAACCGUUCAUGCAGUUUUAUAAUCCUUGCUGUUUAGCGUCUUUCAUAAUGAAAGCAUGCUUCUUGGCUUUACCUCGGCUGAAGCCACGAGUUAUUGCCGUUAAGAUGGGUCGGACUGUGUGGAUAAACUGUUUUCUGACAGAUCAGUCUUUGCCGACUCAUGUAGAGUGGUUCAAAGGCCAGAAUAGCAAAAUCCAGCUCAAGAGCAGCCAAAGAAUAAAGAUAAAGGAGAAGAGUGAUAAUGAAAGUGCUUCCAUUACCUUUUAUAAAGUGGAGACCAAGGACAGCGGCACUUACUUUUGCAAACUGAACGGCACACUUGGACCAGGAACUGAGCUUAUAGUGUACAGAUACACUCAGCCCCAGAUCUUGAAGAGAAUGAGAGUCAAAGAUUUUAUAAUUUUCCUUCAGACUUUACUCUUGAUUUUGUGCAUCAUCGUUCCUCUGGUUUACUUUUACAGACUGGAGAAAAAAGAAGAUGCGGUUUACGAAGAGCCUGAUGAUAAUCACAUAUAUGAGGGCCUCGCGGUUGAGCAGUGUGGUGGUGGCGAUCUGUAUGAGGACAUCUCUGCUUUUCAGCAGGCCACAGAUGCAUCGUGGGAAGUUGAGUACCCAUACCAAGAGUGAGAAAAACCCAUCCAUCAGAUAAUUGAUCUGCAGAUAUCAACACCAGACACAAAUGUUCGCAAUGACAUCCAAUCCCCUGUCAGUUUGUGCUGGAUAAGUCACAUGUAGGCAGACUGACGUCGCUGUGUGCAAAUACAGUAAAUGCUUAUAAAACAAACUUUGGAAAGUAUGAAAUUAUUAUGAUGUUUAUUGGCUUGAGGUUUAUUUUUGAGGAUGUGACAUAUACAACAAUAACAAACAUUUAAAGACAUUGUAAUACAUUCAACUUGUGUUUUUUUUUUGCUUGUUUGUUGUCUGUAUUACACUUUUAAUUCGAGUUUAUAUUCCUUUUCCUGUACAGUGUAUUAUGUGGUAGUGACUGUUGUAUGAAUGCACCGGAUCUGCUAGUCAUUCAUAACAAGGUGCUCUCUAUUUGGUUAUAAAAAUACUAUUGGUAAGGAACUGUUUAAAGCUCAAGGGAGCUUUCACUUCAAAUCUGUACAAAUAAGCAUGUGAAUAGCAGGUGUUUUCCACAAAGCAGCUUUUUUUGGUAAAUGUUUGCUAUAUUUUCUUUGCACUAAUGCCACAAGUCUUCGAAAGAGCAUCUGCACAGAACACCUGACCAUCUGUACAAGGAUUUAACAUUGUCUUUGUUGCAAAUUUGCUGUUUGAUUAGUAAAAUACAGAAUGCUAAAAUGUA